GCUCCCGGGCGGGGGGUGGCGGCCCCCGAUGCACCGCGCUGGCGGCGGGGCGACACCGCGGCGCCCGGGAGGACACACACUUGCUGUCUCCAAAUAAGAAAUGAGAUGUAAUGCAUCCUGCAGUCCAUGCACGCCGCCUCUUGCAAAUCGUGCACCAUUCCUCUGUGGAAACCUUUAAAUCCUAAAAUCCAGAAAAAGAGAAUAAACACAUUAUCAUGGACCUGAGGGAUUUUUACCUGUUGGCUGCUCUGAUUGCCUGUUUGAGGCUGGAUUCUGCUAUAGCUCAAGAACUUAUUUACACUAUUAGAGAGGAGCUGCCUGAAAAUGUGCCCAUAGGGAACAUACCAAAGGAUCUGAACAUUUCUCAUAUCAAUGCUGCCACAGGGACCAGCGCUAGCCUCGUCUACAGACUGGUCUCUAAAGCUGGGGAUGCCCCUUUGGUUAGAGUGUCCAGCACCACCGGAGAAAUCUUCACCACCUCAAAUCGAAUAGACAGAGAAAAACUCUGUGCUGGAGUCUCCUAUGCUGAGGAAAAUGAGUGUUUCUUUGAACUUGAAGUGGUGAUUCUCCCCAAUGACUUCUUUAGGCUGAUCAAAAUAAAAAUCAUCGUAAAGGAUACCAAUGACAAUGCACCCAUGUUUCCAUCUCCUGUCAUCAACAUCUCCAUACCAGAAAACACUUUGAUCAACAGCCGCUUUCCAAUUCCAUCAGCCACAGAUCCUGAUACCGGGUUCAACGGGGUGCAGCACUAUGAGUUGUUAAAUGGGCAGAGUGUCUUUGGACUGGAUAUCGUGGAAACUCCUGAAGGAGAGAAAUGGCCUCAACUCAUUGUGCAGCAGAACUUGGAUAGAGAGCAGAAAGACACCUAUGUGAUGAAAAUUAAAGUAGAAGAUGGAGGGAGCCCUCAGAAAUCCAGCACAGCCAUACUGCAAGUCACAGUAAGUGAUGUCAAUGAUAACAGGCCUGUUUUUAAAGAGAGUCAGGUGGAGGUUCAUAUCCCUGAGAAUGCCCCUGUGGGUACCUCUGUAAUUCAGCUUCAUGCUACAGAUGCAGAUAUAGGAAGCAAUGCAGAAAUCAGAUAUAUUUUUGGUGCCCAAGUUGCCCCUGCAACCAAAAGACUCUUUGCUCUAAACAACACUACAGGACUGAUAACAGUUCAGAGGUCCUUAGAUCGAGAAGAGACUGCUAUUCACAAGGUGACAGUGCUGGCAAGUGAUGGCAGCUCUACUCCAGCUCGGGCAACUGUUACCAUCAAUGUCACUGAUGUAAAUGAUAACCCUCCUAACAUAGACCUCAGGUACAUUAUAAGUCCUAUCAAUGGCACAGUGUACUUGUCUGAGAAAGAUCCUGUCAAUACAAAGAUUGCCCUAAUUACGGUUUCAGAUAAGGACACUGAUGUGAAUGGCAAAGUGAUCUGUUUCAUUGAGAGAGAGGUCCCAUUUCACUUGAAGGCAGUUUACGACAACCAGUAUUUGUUAGAGACCUCUUCCUUGUUGGACUAUGAGGGCACCAAAGAAUUCAGCUUUAAAAUUGUUGCCUCUGAUUCUGGCAAGCCCAGUCUGAACCAGACUGCCCUGGUAAGAGUUAAACUGGAGGAUGAAAAUGACAACCCUCCAAUUUUCAGCCAGCCUGUAAUUGAGCUGUCAGUUUCUGAAAACAACCGUCGCGGUCUAUACUUAACAACUAUUAGUGCCACAGAUGAAGACAGUGGGAAAAAUGCAGACAUUGUUUAUCAGCUUGGCCCUAAUGCCUCCUUUUUCGAUCUGGAUCGGAAGACAGGUGUUUUAACAGCCUCCAGAGUUUUUGACAGAGAAGAGCAAGAACGUUUCAUUUUUACUGUUACGGCCAGGGACAAUGGCACCCCUCCUCUGCAGAGUCAGGCAGCUGUGAUUGUUACUGUACUGGAUGAAAAUGACAACAGUCCCAAAUUUACUCAUAAUCACUUUCAGUUUUUUGUAUCUGAGAAUUUACCAAAGUAUAGUACUGUGGGGGUGAUCACAGUGACUGAUGCAGAUGCAGGGGAAAAUAAAGCAGUGACCCUUUCCAUCCUGAAUGACAAUGAGAACUUUGUGCUGGAUCCUUACUCUGGAGUUAUCAAGUCCAAUGUUUCUUUUGAUCGAGAACAGCAGAGCUCUUACACCUUUGAUGUUAAGGCCGUUGAUGGAGGACUGCCUCCUCGUUCUUCUACAGCAAAAGUAACAAUAAAUGUAAUGGAUGUUAAUGAUAAUAGCCCAGUUGUGAUUUACCCACCUUCUAAUACUUCAUUUAAGCUGGUGCCACUCUCGGCAAUCCCAGGCUCAGUAGUAGCAGAAGUGUUUGCUGUGGAUAUAGACACUGGAAUGAAUGCUGAGCUUAAAUAUACAAUUGUGAGUGGAAAUAACAAAGGUUUAUUUCGUAUUGAUCCAGUGACAGGUAACAUUACUCUGGAAGAAAAACCAACUCCUACUGACGUGGGGCUGCAUCGUCUAGUUGUCAACAUAAGUGAUUUGGGUUAUCCUAAAUCCUUGCAUACUCUUGUGCUUGUAUUUUUGUAUGUAAAUGACACUGCUGGAAAUGCCUCUUACAUUUAUGACCUGAUACGCAGGACUAUGGAAACGCCCUUGGACCGGAACAUAGGGGACAGUAGCCAACCCUAUCAAAAUGAGGACUAUCUUACCAUCAUGAUUGCUAUCGUGGCAGGUGCGAUGGUUGUCAUAGUGGUGAUAUUUGUCACGGUUCUGGUUCGCUGUCGACAUGCGUCUAGGUUCAAAGCAGCACAGAGGAGCAAGCAAGGUGCUGAAUGGAUGUCUCCCAAUCAGGAGAACAAGCAGAACAAGAAAAAGAAAAGGAAGAAAAGGAAGUCUCCUAAGAGCUCUCUUUUGAACUUUGUGACCAUUGAGGAGUCCAAACCUGAUGAUGCAGUUCAUGAACCUAUCAACGGGACAAUAAGCCUUCCAGCAGAGCUGGAGGAGCAAAGUAUAGGAAGAUUUGAUUGGGGCACAGCACCACCAACAACCUUUAAGCCUAACAGUCCUGACCUUGCAAAGCAUUACAAAUCUGCUUCCCCACAGUCUGCUUUUCAUCUUAAACCUGACACUCCAGUUUCAGUGAAAAAGCAUCAUGUGAUUCAGGAACUUCCCUUGGACAACACCUUUGUUGGUGGUUGCGACACCCUUUCCAAACGCUCUUCCACUAGUUCAGAUCACUUCAGUGCCUCAGAGUGCAGUUCCCAAGGAGGCUUCAAGACAAAGGGCCCCUUACACACCAGACAGGUAAACGAGCACUUUUACUGGUCUAUAAGUACUGCAUACAAGUGCCCAAUCAACCAGUAUUAAAGUGCCAGUAUGUCUUUUGCUUUGGUCUAAUUCUAGCUUAGUUAUAAUGUGGAGAGAGGAAAAAAAAACUUGACCCCUUUAUCAUUUCUCUGAGGCUCAACCAUGUAUUUAAAAAUGUCUCUGGUAUUUCAGUAUUAAGAGUCGCUGAUUAUUGGAAAAAUCUACAUGCAUCUGUGCAAAUGCACGUGUGCAUAAAUAAUGGAACAAAACUGAAAAGCAGUUGUUAAAAAUGUUCCUCAGGACUGUUCCAAUGUUUGGGAUACUGAAGACGAAAUACGGUUUUCCUAAUAUGCCAAAUUUCACUGAGAGAGAAAAUUUGACAGUUUUGAGAUGUAAUGGGAUAUGUACAUUCACUUUCAAAUUUGAAAUGAGGGUAGCUUGAGUUUCUUUUAUAGUUCCAACUGAUUUGCAACGUUCUUAUGUUACUAUUGUUAAAGGGGUUAAUUUUUUUUCCCUUGCAAAGAUUGCUGAGUUUCCAACGUACUUCAUCUGUGAAGCACAUGGUUUGUUGUUAGGACAUAACUAAGCCAUACGGAAGUCUUCCUCUGUUUUUGAUUGAGAAUAAUAUUGUUCUAAUAGAUUGAAGUGGGGUGUCUAAUAUGCAGAUUUUUGCAUAUUUUCAAAAAUGGCCAAAGUAUACUUUCAAAAGGAAUGCAUUUUCUCUGAAUACAACUGAAUUAUGCAGGAAAAAAUCAGCCCAUUGUAAAUAUUUUCUCAUCUUAGUAAUGCAUAAGUGAUCUGUUAUAACUCAUUUUAAACUGUGAAAUAUGCCAUAUGAAGAAGGAUUAAGAGGCUGAAAAACUCAUUUCAACCAAAUCCAGCAUUAGUUUUUCUUAGGUCUAAUAAUUCCUUGCUAAUAAAGAUUUAAAUGCAGCGCUGUCUAAUUUAUUUCAUUGGUGCUUGUCUUUUGCCACUAAAUUAGAAUGUCAAUAUAGCCUGUAGAUGGCACUAAGGUACUAUGUCGCUUGUGCUGGCCAGGUGCCAAUCCUGCAGUAGAUAGGAAAUGGGGGAGGGAAGGAUCAAGCUGAUACUACAGCCAAAGAAACCUUUUAUUUAAUGAUAGUUGUACUGGAGCGACCAGUAGUUAAGUUUGUGUGUUUGUAAAGCAGCUUCUUAGCUCUUAGCUUUCACUAUACCAACUCCCUAGGUUUUAGCAAUCACGUUCAUAUUAUUGUUGGCAUUGUACUUCAGGUUAUGGUGAUUUGUCUGAAUAUAUUAGGAAUCCACAAAGUACAAAUCCUAUAGAAUUGAGCAAGAUGCAUUUAAGCCUGUCUUUGCAAAAAGAUGUUCACGGUAGCCAAGUUUAGGAUGUAGUCAUUCUCUUGCUGUUGCAUUUGCCUUACCUAAGAUGAAUGUUAUGUUGUCAAAAUUGCCUCUUGACUUUUGGGUGUUCAUACGUUGUCACACUAACAAGACAACAUGUUUAAAAUAUGCACUUAUGAGGCAGUAGAAAAUAUUUUUUGAAAAAGUACUCAUUAUGUUUGAAGUGGAGCACUGAAGUAAUGCUUAGUAAAUUCCCUGUGCAAAAAAAAUACCCGUUUUUUCACAGUGACUUGAAAAUAUUCUGAAUCCUGUUCAUAAUGUUUUACACAGUACAACAUCACACCUAUCAGCUUAAGUUUUUGGGUUUGUUUUUUUUUUAAAUGCAGACUUAAAAAUCUGUAGCUGGAUAACCUGUGGUUAGUCUGAAGUUCAGAAGACGGGAUACACUCCUUCCCUAUUUUAGUUACUAGCUUUAAAAAUCUCUCUCUCUCUCUCCUUCCCCCACCCCCUGUUCAGGGGUGCUAGUAAUAUAACUUAAAUUAACUUCCCAGGCUGUAUUCCAAGAAUCAGACUUAAUCCCCUUUUGGCCUCUAAAAGCAGUUAAGAUCACAAAAAUGAUUUACCUGACAAUGUGUAAGCACUGAACAGUGAUGUUGAAUGUGGGCAGAAAAUCCCCAGGCACCUCUUUCAAAUUUAUUUUUGUCUGUUUCAUAAAUGAGGUGGUGUCUUGAUUUUU